AUGGAGGAUGUGCAGAAGAUCACAAUGUUGGCAAUGAAAGAAGACAGUCCGGAGAGGGAUCGAGACGCGUUGCUGGCAAUUCUAUCGUUCAAUGUCAUGCUAAGAGAAUCGGAAGCAGCUAAGAUCAAACUCGGAAGAUCGUCGUUCUUCAACACGAGCCAGGCAGUGAUGCGGACACCUGAUGUGCCGAUGGAGACUCCGGACCAAAGGAAAGUGCCCAUACGUUUUUUCGCAUCUGGACGGCUCGAAGAAGCUCUCGAAACAAGCUAUUUCGACGCUCUCGACGAAGAUGCUGGCUGCGAUCGGGAAGCCGGGAGCGACUCAUCACUGCUUCAGAAGAGGAGGAGCCAACCACAUGAGGAGAAUCGGGCAUUCAAUGGAGGAAAUUCAAUGCAGAAUAAGAUGGAGAUCGGCGGCAGGACUUCAGCGGUAUCUCACUGA